GUUACAUCUUGUGCCGUUGCAAAGCUGCCGUGCCACCAAACAUGGUGCCUCCGUUUGUUUCCUUCGAUGCGACUGAGGAUGCCAUGGAGGACUCUGGACCUGGCAUGGCCACACCCGAACACUGGAGCGACGUGGGGCCCUUGCGUGGGCGCUUGGGAGUGGUGGAGCAGCAGCUCCAAGCAGUUCAGGGGCAAGUCUCUGCUCUGGGCUCUCAGAUGGCGGUGAUGGGUCAGAGCCUACGACAGGUGGAGAUCCAGCUGAUGCUGCAGCGUCAGCAGCAUGAGGAUCUCAUGAAGCUGUUGGUGAGCCAAGCUACAUCAGGCGCCAAGAAAGCCCGCCCUGGCCCACGCGAACGGCAGCGCUUACGCGAGGCAAAUCAAUCAGUGGUCCACACGCCGGAGAUGUUUACAGCCUCAGAGCCGGACGCCCCAAGCACCUGCCCCGCUCACCCAGAGUCGGAGCCAGUGGAGCCGCUGGAGCCGCUGGAGCCGGUGCCCGAACAGGUGCCAGAGCCGGUGGCACCCGUCGCUGUGCCGGCCGUGCGUCCCAUCUCGUCCUCCCCAGACCACGGCGAGAUGGCCAAACCGGUAGCUGGUGGAGCGCGUUCUGCCCAUCGGAGGAUGUCCUGGUGCUUUGUUACACUGAUGUGGCUUCUGUACCUGAUUCGGGAUGUCCAGUGGCCUGAGCAAUCUUUGACUGAUAUCACUGAAGAGGCCUUUGAUCCAGAGUUGAAUGCAGAGUUGACUUCGAACCCCUGGGAAGCGAGGACGGAAGAUGCGCGGAGGCGGGCGACACUCGAGUCGGCGGCCGGGAGGCUUCGGGAGCUGGGGCACUUGCGGCUGUCAGUGUCCGACUGCGUGGGUGCCGUGAAUCUGUUUGCACAGGCCGAACAUCUGGCAAACCGUUCCUUGGGCUUGGAGGAGUCCCGGGCCUUGCGUCAGGACCACGGCUUCGCCUUAGCCUGCGCCCUGCGCUUCCGCGAGGCGGUCGAUGUGCUCCAGGAAGAUGCCAUGGAGCUGCCAGUGCAUUUGCUGAAUGCGUUGGGCUUCGCCCACUUCCAUCUCACCGAAGUAGUGGAGGCAGCAUACUACUGGCAGCAAGCAUUGCAACUUGCACCGGAGAACCCGGUGCUGUGGAACAACUUGGGUGCAGCUCAAGUGCUUUUGGGCCGCCCUGCUGAGGCGGCGCUGAUGACGGCGCAGGAACUGGCGCAGCAGUUGAGCACGGGGACGACGUACUAUCUGCAGCUCAUUUCGAGCAACCUGCACACCCAACGCAGCCAUCGUGGUGGUUUGAGGGUUGAGAUCUACAACUGCGUGGCCUCAGACAUUUCCGCCAUGAUCUCCGGCACCCCAGCAGUGAAGCUGCAGCAGCAGUACAAGCACCUUGAGAUGGACGGUGCUUUAGGUGUGGAUGCGUCCUCCGUGGGAGAGACCCUACAAGCUGUUCUCUCAACCCAGGGCGAGCACCUCCUGUGCCCUUGAUUGCCCUGGACCAGAACAGGUCUUGCAAUCUCUGUACAGUGCAAUCUUGUGUUCCUGGGGGGAAGAUGAGGCUGUGCAGUCAGGUUUCAACCGAAAUUCCCCCGGAGCAUGCUUUCCCUUCAAGGGCAAUUUGAGAUGCAUGGCACAGAGUCGGUGUCUUAGGGCUUAAGGUAUUCGUACUUUGUCAUCCAUGUUCAAUGUUGUUGAGUAAGCUCAUUGGAGCAUGUUUGUGCAAUAUAUUAUAUAUAUAUAUUUAUAUCACUCACUCUUUCCGGCAGGGCCUUCUGAGCUUGUUUGAAGCUGUUUGAAGAAUUUUUUCACAAGGCCACUCAUCCAAGGACUGCACCCCAUGCACAUCAAAAGCAAAAGAUCACCUGCAGGCAUGUUUGUCCUUUGCUCACAAACAUCGCAGGGUAGAAGCUGAACAUCUGGCUGGGCGCGAUGCGUUGACUCUGAUUUGAGUGUCUCAUGGAGCCCGAGCUUCUGUGUGCUGAAUCGGUGGGUCCUGGUGGAACGAGUGACUACAACUGUCACUUGUGUUGAACCAACCCAACACCGUGUGUGACGAGAGGCUGCAGAGAAAAGGGGCGGAAAACUCAGGAAACGGCAACGCUUAAAAGCGCUGCGGGCUAUGUGAAGAGCACCCUCAUUAAACA